AGUACAAUAAGAAACGGGUUAUCAUUUUGUGGAAAAAGAGUGUUUUUAUCAAACAGUACAAUUGAAAUGUGUAAUUGUAAUUAUACUAUAAAUGGUUGGGAUCCUUUUGGAACCGAAUUGAUAAAUAAAGGAGACUGUUUUGAAACUUCAAAACAGCCCACUUUAAACUUGAGAUUAUUUACACAAUUUUACGAACUUAUCAAUCAACAACAAUCAUGGAACAAAAUUUAUACAAUGGGUAAUAACAUUCGGUUUCUUGGAAACACAAAAAUGUCUACAAAUGAACUAAUCAUCAAUUCACAAGUAAUUUCAGAAAUUUCAAUUGAAAUUUCAUCAAGUUUGAAAUUGUUUGAAAAUGGAAAUCUUCGAAUUACAAAAAGAAGUACUUUAAUAUUUGGUGAUAAUUUAGUAAUCAACACAAAUGAAAUAUUAACACCUCAAAUUAUUGAUACAAAUGGAUAUAUUCAAAUUGAAAAAGGUUGUUCAAUAAAAAAUCAAAGAGCACAUGUAACCGUCACAACAAAAUAUGGACAAAAAAUCAAUUUAAUUUCUUUUCAAGAAAUUCAAAACAGUUCUUCUUGUUAUUUUUUUGAUGAUUUAAUUGGAGGUAAAUUACUUUACAUUGUUGAAAAUCAACCCAACAAAAUUGUACACACUUCUUGUGUUUAUCUUGGUGGUGAUUUUGGUGAUUACAAAAACUACAAAGAAAAAAUACUACAUUGCCCAAUAUCUUCAGAAAACACAACAAUUUACAUUGAAAAUAACAACAUUGAACAAAAUUGUAAUUUUAUAGGAAGUUUUGUUCAGAACACAACCAUUCUUGAUUUCACCAAGAAAAUUUCUUAUGUUACCAAAUUUAAAGACGAAAAGACGAAUAUUCUUUUUGUGAAUGAUUUAUCCCACAACGGAGAAAAUGUAACAUUUUCAAACACAAAUGUAAAGUGGGUAUUGGGUAAGAUAUACGGAUUUGAAAAAACAACAAGUGAUUUUCCUAAAAGUAUUAACAAAAAUAUUUAUUUAACAUUAACUUAUAAUGAAAAUUAUUUGUGUCGUUUAAUACAAAUCGAACAAAACAACGAAAAAUGUUUUCUUUGUAAAAAUUAUACAUAUUUAUUUAAUAAUAAAUGUUAUCCUAUCAGUCCAAAUUGUACAAGUGUUUACACCGACAAAACCAACGGUAUUUGUCAACAAUGUGAAACACAUAAUGAAGCAUUUAAAUAUGAGUGUGUUCAAUGUCCAGAUCACUGUCUUCGCUGUUUCAUGUUACAUUGUAUUUUAUGUGAAAAUGAUUAUUAUGAGGAUGAAAAUGGAUUAUGUAAAAAUGUUAAGUUGUUGAACAGCAAAGUUGUUUCGUACCAAAUUGGGAGAAUAUUCAAAUGUGUUUCUGAAACUUUUAUUAACUUUAAUAUGUGUUUAAAUUGUGGAGAUAACUGUGUCAGUUGUAAAAACGAAAGUCAUUGUUUUAUAUGUAAUUCAAAAAGUACUUUAGAAAGUGGAAUUUGUCGUUUUAAAAAUACGACAUUAUUAACUAAUAACGAUAAUAUCAUUAAUUGCGCAGAUGGGUCUUAUCUUCUUUUUAACGAAUGUAUUCCCUGUUCUUUGAAAUAUGGGAAAAUGUGUUCAAAAUGUGAUGUAACUAAUUGUUUCAAUUGUUCAGGAAAUGGGGUUAUAAACAAUGAUAAUAUUUGUAUACCACAAAAUGAAAGUAAUUGCAUUGUAUCUAAAAAUUCACAUUGCCAAGGAUGUACCAAUACAAGUAGUUAUAUAAAAGAAAAUGGUUUGUGUUUUGAAAACGCACCGUGUAUAAUAUCCAAUAAAAACCACAGUUGUGUUGUAUGUAAAAAUGACUCCUUUUAUCAACAAAACAAGUGUAUUUCACAAACAAUUAGCAAUAAUUAUUGUAUGAUAUACACACAAGAAAGAGAUAGAUGCAGCAGAUGUCAAGUAGGAUACUUUAUUUUAGACAACAAAUGUAUAAACUGUCCCGAAUAUUGCUCAGAUUGUAUUAAUUAUUCAACAUGUCUCUUUUGUGAUAAAAA